CAGACACACUUUUUCUACCAAGUGUGGAGGUAGAACUCCUUGUAUGCUGGAACUGUUUUGCCACCUUGUUUUAAAUGUACUCUAGAUUUUCAGGGAAAAUGAUAGAGGAGAGGGUUCUGAUCCCCAAGAGAGAUGGUCCCCCUUCUCGGGCUUCAUUCAGUACUUCAGGAGGAACCGGCGAAGGGACCGGCGGGCUGCCCCAGUUGAGCCUACUCCAAGACAGGAGGAGCCUCAACAUCAUUCAGACCCCGAGCUUCAGGAACAGGAAGAGGUUGAGAAGCAACCCCGACAGCCCAGACGAGAGCUCUGAGGGAAGUGAUGCCCCAUGUGGAUCACGAAUUCCUCCGAGCCAUCCCAUUCCUCUCUAGAGAGCAUCUCCAGCGCUUCCAGGGGAUGACUACAGGGGAGAGUGAGUGCCUCAACUAUGUACUUUUUGCUCAGUUGAGAGUGGCAGAUCGGAUCAGAGACCCGGUGUGGCGCAGGGUUCUGGAGAUCAAUGAGAGGGUUUACAGAGUCCUCACACUAGAGUUCCUUUGCACCCUACGGACCAAAUUUGUCAAGGAAGCUGCUUUAGAGGACAACCCCAUUAAUCAACUUCAGUUAGUGAG